CGAUACUUUCUCUCUCGAGCUUUUCGGCCGGUCCCGAGGUGGAAGAGGUGAAGAAAAGGUACGCGCUCUAUAAGGGGGAGGACACGCGGCAGAGAAAGAAGUCACAAGUGCCAAGUGUGUGUGCCAAUAGGAUUAUAACGAGUCCUGCUUGCUGAAUCAGCUGAAUCAUCGGAGAAAAAGAGAGAGGACACGCACAUGAUGGAGAGGACGUGGCGGAAUAUACGGAAGAUAGCUUUUAUCCUAUUGCUGCCCUUAUUAUUGGCCGGCGUACGGAGUGAAGCACCGUUGGUCGAUAGCAGCGCGCUACCACUGGAACACAGAUCAGUCUAUGGGGCCCCGGCUCAGUACGGCCCGCCGGCGGUCCACGAGGAGAACUGGCCGCUGGCGUCGCCCGACACCCCGCAGAUCAAGCAUCUGCAGGUGCAGUGCGAGAAGACGCAUAUGCGGGUGAACAUCGAGUUUGAUCGGCCGUUUUACGGUAUGAUCUUCAGCAAAGGCUUCUAUUCGGAUCCGCAUUGCGUGCACCUCAAACCCGGCACCGGCCACCUGAGCGCGACCUUCGAGAUCUUCCUCAACUCGUGCGGUAUGAGCUCAUCGGCGAAUCACAACGUCGCGGCUUACGGUGCCCCGACGCCGUCCGGCAGCUACGUGGAGAACACGAUCAUCGUGCAAUACGACCCGUACGUGCAGGAAGUGUGGGAUCAAGCGAGAAAGCUGCGUUGCACCUGGUACGACUUCUACGAGAAGGCGGUCACCUUCAGGCCGUUCCAGGUCGACAUGCUGCACGCCGUCACAGCCAACUUUCUCGGCGACAACCUGCAGUGUUGGAUGCAGAUACAGGUCGGCAAGGGUCCGUGGGCCAGCGAGGUGUCCGGCAUCGUAAAGAUCGGCCAGACCAUGACAAUGGUGCUGGCCAUCAAGGAUGACGAGAAUAAGUUUGACAUGUUGGUGAGAAAUUGCGUCGCCCACGAUGGCAAGAGGGCGCCGAUUCAGUUGGUCGAUCAGUACGGUUGCGUCGUCAGGCCGAAGAUCAUGUCCAGGUUCCAGAAGAUCAAGAACUUUGGCCCGAGCGCGUCCGUUGUUAGCUUCGCCUACUUCCAGGCCUUCAAGUUCCCUGACAGCAUGAACGUCCACUUCCAAUGCGUGAUUCAAGUUUGCCGGUACAAUUGCCCCGAGCCUAAGUGUGGACAUCCUGGUCUCGAGUACGGCGCACCUGUCGCCGGCAUCUCUCACGAAUAUGGCGCACCGGUCUCGCAAGGUCUUUCUUCGGAAUACGGUGCCCCGCCUGUGCCCGAAUACGGCGUGCCACCGGCUUAUCCGGAUCCGCGACAUCCCAGCGGACCGGCUGGAGCGUACAGCGAACCGAAUCCAGAUGUGGUUCCGGCACCGCAGGCGCAGUCCUCGUCCUCUUCACCCAGCUCUACGCCGGGCGACGCUACGGCGAGCAGCUCACCCCAGAGUCCCCAGGACAAUAUCCAUCUCCCUCCACCUCCCCUACCCGGCCAUCCGGCGGCGUACCAGACUGUGAAGCGAAAGGGUACCGCUGGUACGGAGGAGCUUGAAGGUAACCUAGCCAUCCUCGGAGGUCGACCGAGAUCGGUCGAAGGUUUCCCGGCCGAGCUCAGAGGCGCCAGGAGGCGAAGGCACGACGAGCCGCACGAGUUAGAAGACGACGAUAGUAAUGUCUAUCACACGGUGACCCUGUUCUCCACCCACGUGUACAAACGAGCGGCGCAGGAGAUGACGGACGUGAAUACCUCGAGAGUCAUCCAAGUGGUCGCGCCGGGUGACGUUAAUUUUGCGCUGGGCACGACGAAUUCCAGCAACGACACCACCGUGGUGAUACAGAACGCCAGCGCGUCCGCCGAUCCGGAGACGAUUUGCAUGAGUCUGCCUGGUUUCGUGGGCGGUCUGGUGAUGCUGCUGCUGGUGGUUGUGGUUGCCUCCCUGGUGGCGGCCUUCCUCUUUGUCAGGGUGCGCGCUGUGGACCGGAAGAACGCCGCGAUAGGUGGUAACGGCUUCGUACAUCCGGCAUACGUGGCGGAGAAUUGCAGCGUGCCGAAUCCGGAGUUUGUAAAGGUCGCUAACUGAAACGGCAUAUACGGUGCGCAGAAUCAAAAAAGGACUCGUCGCAGGAGAGGAGGACGACGACGGAAUCUCCCCUUCAGAGGAUCGUCCACCUCGAACGACCGGCAAUACUUCGGAACCGUAUCGCGACACUAUUUCAUCCGAAACUUGUGACACGUCGAAGAUGCUCCUUGUCGAAAGUUGCAAAAUCGCAUUUCUCUUCUCUCUCCUCUUCCAUCAUGGUAACUUCGUGUCUAGUCUAGUUGCGUCAAUCGCCCUCGUCGAAUCCAGAGAAAUAGAACGACUAGAUCGCUAUCGAUCGAGAAAGCGUGAGUGCGAUCGUACGAGGCGGAUCUUUGAGUAGCAUGUAAAUAAAAAGUCCGGAAGCAAACUUAAUGAAGAAAUGGAGAAACGGAAUGAGAGGAAGGUAAAUGAGAAAGAAACUACACUGACGCGCGUUCCACCGAUCGUUCGCGAACGGAAUCACUUUUUCCAUAUCGAACAGUUUCGCGAUCGAUGGAACGCGCGCCGCAGUGAUAAUAAAUAUCGCGAAUCGAUCUCCGAUGACGCUUCGUGAUCACCGCAGCACGGUAGUAAUCAACGUAAUUUUCACACUUCGGCAACGGUCCGUCCUCGGUAUCAGGAAGCGAGGGAUCAUUCGCAAUCGCCAGAGUAGUCUUUAGGAGGGCAUUGUAAAUAAGUCGCGCGAGUAGUCAGAUGGCCCUUCAGGACCCGCUUGUCUCGCGUCUCUUCUCCGAUUCACCGUGCGUACACGCUAUUAUUUAUACACGCAUCGUAUACUUCAACGAAUGCGUUUCUCUUCAUCGUUCUUAUCGUAUCUCGUCGCGUUUAUCACACUCCGCGUCGGGACGCUCGACGUCAUACGUCGACGUCGACGAUACCAUUUCGCGUUUUCGCGAUCUCGAACGGUUCAGCGAACGCUCCCGGUAAACAUGUUUGUCUCGAAAUUGGUUCGCAGAAAAUCGUCCAAACGCAAUACCUGUCUUCUAAAAGUUUAAUUCAGAGCGAAGAAUCGACUAUUCGAUCGUGGAACGCUCGCUGAGCCGCUUCAAACUCAACGAGAACUCUAUUUAUUAUUUUUCUAUAUUUCUCUCUAUAUUCCUUUUUUUAACUCUAUAUCCGGAUCGAUCUAACCUAAUUUAUUGAUCAAAAUUAUACGAUCUUCCUACUUUGCUUAGUACUUAAGUUAUCCGUCUAGGAAUAUUCCCGGGAAUUGGGAAUAUGUUUUACGUAUGUGUCUUAAGCACACACACACGUAUACAUAUACAUACAUACAUACAUAUACAACACAAACGUUCGUACAUACUGAUAUGUACACGUGAGACGUAUGACAUCAUACAUGCAAUAAGUGUGUGUUGUAUGCGUUAUUAUACCAGCGCGAGAAAUGUAUUCACGAACAUCCGUUAAGAUAACAA